AUGCGUUACGAAGAUUGGGACAUUCUUCUCUUCCCACAAAACUGCAAGGUACCAGUCAAGGAGUUCAAAGUGGCUUGCCAUGUUGUCCAUGAUCCAGAAUCCCCUCAUCUUGGGGGCACGUUCGGCCUGCCAACGGUUUGUUGUUUUGUUCCGAGUCUUCCGACGGGAACCCCCUUUCGGGUGUCCAUCCACUCCUGGAAUGCGCCGGUCGUGAGUAAAUUCACCAACUCAUACAGCAAAUUCCCGGAGAACGUGAAGUUUGAGGCCCGGCUGUUCAUUGACGGAAGACUCGUAGCAUCUACUGCGCUCGACAGAGAGAGUCUCUGGCCACAUAUUGUAGCACACAGUUUUGACUUCUCUAAAAGUGGCGACCUGGAACCACUCAGCUUCCCUGGGUUUCGAGAAGAGCUGCUCCAGCAAAACUUCUGGAGCCCGGCUGACGAUCUUGGCCGUAUCAAAUUAGUGCUGAGCGAAGGAUUUCCCCGCGAUUCCAUUACCACACCAUUUGAAAGAGUGAAGAAUGUUGUGGCCUUUUCAUUCCAGCACGCCCCAUUAGAAGUUCUAGAGAGCUCUUCUAUUGCUUGGCCGAAUCCUUCCAUGUGGCGAAGAGCGCCGUUUGCUGCCUCUAUGCAAGUCCCCACGCUUCAACCGGACGACUCCGAGUCCCAUGCUCAUUCACCUCAACGGCGAGGAAGUAGCUCCGACAAGUUGAGCUAUGCCACGAAUUCAUUUCAAAGUACUGGAACGAACUCUGUACUUAUGCCUGGGGGGCGACGAGUAACACACCCUGUGUACGGACCAUGCUUUUAUCCUACACAAAAUGGGUUGGAUCCAUUUGGCAACGCCGGCUCAUAUUUCGAAUGGCUGAAUUGUAUGGACAUAGGCAUGACCGCGGCCGCCGGGGAUAAUCACUUCAACCCGAACCACAGCUCUGUUGCACAGAGAAGUACAAGAAGAACUAGCACUGAUGUCAGCAUGCCAGACUACGUCCCUGCGAAGUCUGACAGCCAAUGUGUGGAACAGCAACUGGCCCCAGAACCUUUUCCCGGUGAGGAUGGGAGGCAAAGCGAACAGUCUAAAGCCCCUAUCAACGCGCCGUCCGCCGACGUUGAACACAAGAGAGAGGGGGCUGCGUUUCCGGUCCCCACAGAUAACACAUCCUUUCCGCCUGAACUGGCCGACUCUUUGACGAAUUCGUUGUUGAAUCAACCAUUGCCAAUGAAUUUGCAUCAUUCCGCAUUUCACACACCUGCCGCCGAAGUAAUAUCUCGAAAGGAACACCGCAACCAGCAACAUUCUGGCCCUUCUCCAACGACAGCGAUGGAUGGAUCUGUAGAUACCCAAGAACGCCUCGAAACCCGGCAUGUGUCGCAGCAACUGUAUACUCCGCAGGGACCGAGCAUUGCCAUUGGAAAGGUGGGCAUGGCAGAGAACAGCCUCAAUCACAGUGAUUACUGUGCCUCAGCCAUGACCCGCGGCAACGCUUUACAGGCAUGUUGUCCUGGUCACAAGCCGUCGAGCGAAGUCCAGGACGAGGAAGCAAAGCACGGCGGGGGAAAAGGUGCUAAGAGAAUGCGGAACUUCAUUUCAGUGUCUUCCAGAGCCAUAGAUGAGGAAGAUGAGACACGCAGACUCAGUCCUCGAGUGCGCUUGACGUCAUUUUUGGAGGGUCAAGCCUCAGCUGAUACGACACCGUAG